AUGAAAGAAAUCAUUGAACAUAUCUGGUGUGCACUUGUCAUUGUGUUUAAAUACACACUACCUAAUAAUAUUUAUAACUAA